UUGAAAACGUAUUCACAGUCACACAUUGGAUGUAUGCUAAAAUAGCUGAGGCUAUAAAAACAGUUUGUGCUUGUGGAUGUGUCUUCAGUUUCCUGCUCUAAACAGCUUUUGAACUCUUCAUAAAUGUUAUGAAUGUCAAGAUUGCCCUCUGGGAGAUGCUGACUGCUCUGUGUGAUGCACUUUGUAGUUUUGAAAAGCUGUCUGUCAAAGGGGUGCUGUACAGAACGUGGUUCCUCAGGGCAGCACUGGAGUGAGGUGCUCCAUUUAACAGCAGAUGAAGCAGCAAUAACACAGGCUCCUCUCCGUUCCCUCCCUGGUGUGCCUGACUCUCACUGGGAGCAGCAGCAGUUCAGUGACCGUGCUAACUCAAACAUGGGCCUCACGCUGACGUGUGAAAUAAUCCUGGUCCUAGUGGGAAAACCUGUUUAGCCAGGAGGAUAUGAAAACAUUAGGUAAAUGACAAGUGCAUUCCUGAAGAAAGAGGAAAAAAAAGAGACAGCAGCUUCAGUGCUGAGCUGCCCAGGCAAAGUGGAAAAUUAUCAGUUUCUGGAAUAUUUUGAAGAUGGGCAAGGUGUGUGCUGUCUUUGGAGGAUCCCGUGGGAUAGGCAGAGCUGUGGCAGAGCUCCUGGCACAGAAGGGCUGCCGCCUGGCCAUCCUUGCUAGGAACCUGGACGUGGCCCAGAGCACUGCCCGUCACCUUGGGGCAGGACAUCUGGCACUUAGCUGUGAUGUAUCCAGUGAACAAGAAGUCCAAAAGGCUUUUGAGGAGAUGCAGAGGAAUUUGGGUCCUAUUAACUACUUGGUUAAUGCAGCUGGGAUCAACAGGGAUGGUUUGCUACUGAGAACCAAGACUGAAGAUAUGAUAGCCCAGAUUCACACAAACCUUUUGGGGACAAUGUUGACAUGCAAGGCUGCUCUAAAGGUCAUGAUUCAGCAGCAGGGAGGUGCUAUUGUCAAUGUAGGGAGUAUUGUAGGACUUAAAGGCAACUCUGGUCAGAGUGUGUAUAGUGCUACCAAAGCAGGAUUAGUUGGAUUUUCACGCUCUCUUGCUAAAGAAGUAGCAAAAAAGCAAAUUCGAGUCAACGUUGUUGCUCCAGGCUUUAUUCACACAGAGAUGACAGCUCAUUUGGAAGAAGAUCAGCUGAAGAAAGCAAUUCCCCUUGGAAGAUUUGGAGAGCCUCAUGAAGUUGCACAAGCUGUUGUCUUUCUUCUAGAGUCCCCAUAUAUUACAGGGAGUGUUCUGGUUGUAGAUGGAGGCUUGCAGCUUAUGACCUAAGUACUGCCUUGAAUAAAGGACUGCUUCAAUGUCAUGAUGGUAAUAUAUAAAUAUAUUCUAAAUAAAGGGAGAGGGUUGGAAAUCGUUUGAAGAUUGAUGUACAUAAUUGACUUGGUCUUUUUUAGUCAGAGGAGAAAUUCAGCAGCAGUGGGGUGCAAUGUGUGUGUUUAACUGCCUGAAGAGUCUGUUUGGUAUUACAAAGUCUGUGUAUGAAACAAUUUGAAAAAGAUCUGGUUUUGAUACAGUGAUAGCUUUAAUAAUGCGCUGAUAUGUUUUUAAAGCACUGUAUUUUUAUAAAGUCCUGUUUUCUAAUUUGGGAAAGAAUGAGAUUUUAUUUUAAUUAUCAUGUUACACAAAGGUUAAUAAAGUGCAGAGACAUGUUUAUUGGGUGGCAGGUAUGAUUGCAUCAAGUUUUUCAAGUAGGGCAAAGAUUGUGAACUGCAUAGUUUUGCAUUCUUAUCAGUUAGUCCCUACAAAGUAGCUAGGAGUUUCCUUUGAGCUUUGUUUGUUUGUACCUAACACUACAAAGCUAGGAACUUCUACAUCUUCAGCAUACCUGAAUUGCCUUUAGAAGCUUUAAUUAUAUGCACUGUGUUUUUAUAAUGACAAAGCCUACUCGGUUCCAUUCCUGAAUGUAUGUACAGCACUCACUCACUCCAGGGGCUCUGGUGUGUGCCCACUGGAGGAUUGCUGCAGCACUGGAGCUGCUAAUCCUGUCAUACUCUCAGCUUGAGCUGCACAUGCACUGCUGAACACUACAGCUGCACACCUUGCUCUGUAAGACACUGCAAGGACUCAGUAGAUGUUCAGAACAUGUAUCACUUCCAGAGCAUGAAGUCAAGGUGUUUUGUGUUUUGCUCUGUAUCUUCAUGAGCACUCAGUUCAGCUCUUAAGUUGAUGCUCCCUCAUAUGUAUGUAUAGUCAAUAAAAUGGCCAUUUAUUUUAUUCAAAGCA